AUGACACAGGCGGUUCCACAGUGCCUCCUGCAGUUGCUGGAGGACUACACACUGCAGGCGCUCGACGCCGCGCAGGACGUCUCUGACGAGUUCGAGGAGGAGUUGACGGAACUGACGAGUCGCGCCGAACGCAUUCAGGCCGUUUUGCAGCUUCUUCGGGACUUCGAGAGGAGCCGUCCGACGCCGGCCUCCCCAGCGGCGUCGGAGGCGAUAUUGCGAAGCUCGCCCAAGGCUCUCACGCAGUUUGCCCUGCAGGCGUUGGGGCAGAUGUCAAGAGAUCUCACUGGAGUUCCGGAUGCCCGUGCGGCUGCGCAGGAGCUUACUGCCCCCUCGUUUGGUCUGCAGCCGAUUGGCAGGCCCGUCUCGCUGGCAGAGGCGGCGCUCGACCUCUUUGCUCGCAACACGAAAGUUGUUUCCAGACGUGUAGAGAAGCGCAGACGCGACGCCGACACCGCCGGGGGCGAGUCCCGGCAGGAGGCGGCCUUAAAGCGAAGCGUCUUCUCACACCUUGCGGAGGAGCAGCGAGAGCGGCGGUUGGCGCUGUACACCGCGCGCACCGCCCUGUUUCCGCGCGCGACUCCGUUGCCCACACUAUCGAUCAAAGGCGGCGAGGACAUGCUUCCGCCGUUUGUGGCCCCGGCCGUGAGAGAGUUUGCCGCGCUCAACGUGGAGGCCGAGUGCAGGAUGCUGUCGGCUUUUUAUCGCGUGGACGCAAAGGCCCAGCUGCUGCGGGAACUGCCCGGUCUUCGGAGUUCAAUCAGACACCUUCAAGAGUCCUUGCAUGCUGCCGGCGUCUUGCUUCAGUGUCGGUGCGACGGAAUGCAUGAAGGGGGGACGCAGCCAUGGCUUGAAUUUCCUUUUGUUGGCGAGGGCGUGAUUAGAAUAUUAGUCAGACAAUCCCUGCUACUCGAUGUCACAUGGGACUCCGUGCGAGGAGGAGGACAGUGGCGCGUGUUGUCGUUGCAUUGGCUCUUGCGCGCGCAAACACUACCGGAAAUCUUGCAGCGGCAAACUUCAGCGCCGUGCGUGUGUGACGGCGAGGUGGAUAAACAGCCCCUUUCAUACGGCGGAGCGCUGCGUGUGCAACCAGCGCACAGCGAGGCCACCGUACGCUACCUCACCAACUGCCUUGAAACCGGGUUGGAAAGUGGGUGUCUGGGGGCUCUGCGUGUUGUGAACGCCGUGGUGAUGGAGGUGGUUGAGACGCAGUGCAAGGCGUUGAGAGAGAGAUUUUUUGUGGGCCCACUGGAGUCCUCGUUCAUGCUGGACGUUCGUCCGGGAACACACGUUGCGCUGAAGCUGGAGCUGCCGCCCACGAUGGGGUCGGAGCAGGGCGGUGCGCUGCACGUCAAGUACAAGCUCUGCCUGGGCACGAUUGUUGUGGAGCGAAGAAGGGGAACAGACACCCGAAUGACGCACCAGUCCGACCUUUACGCCGACUCGCUGGUGCGGCUGAAGCCUUCCCCCGCUGUGGUUGUGGAUGUGGAGUCGUUCGUGUGGCAGCUCGCCACUGCGUAG